AUGGUUGUUGCCAUUGGGACAGUGAUAGUUGGUUUAGGUCUCUUGUUGACAUGUUGUUACAGCGCACCAUCUGACAAUUUCGGGGCGGACCCUGGGUGCAGAGACCCCUGGACAACAGAAUGGACCAGGGAUAGCACGGACUGUAAGGCGGUGUACUUCUGUGUCCUCGGCAAGAUCAUUCACACCAUGCAGUGUAACGAAAGCCGGAUUUGGUCUAACGUCGGCCACGCAUGCGUGGAACCGAUGUCACAAUGGGAUGACUGUAACCAGACACCGACAACACCCAUUAUCAAUGAUCCCCGUUGCAUCAACCCUGAUGGUAUCAACCCAGACCCGGACAACUGUGCCCAGUUCCUCGCCUGCACUAACCGGACAGUCGUGGCCACCAUGCAGUGCCCAGAGAACACGUUGUUCGGCACCCGGAACAACACUUGCGAGUUAGGCUUUCUUGUCGCAGAAGAGUGUAAAAGUCGACUUAUUCCAAAUAACGUCGUCGUCACAACGGCUAGUCCCGUGAUUGAUCAGCCUUGUGAAGGAAAGAAAAAUGGAGACGUGGCAGACGAGACUCAUUGCCUGAGAUUUUACAAAUGCAAUCACGGGCGCAUUGUUGCGCGCAUCCGAUGCCCUUCUGGAAGUGGCUACUCAACGAUAAAGAACAAGUGUGAUUGGCUGGCCAACGUAGAUUGUGAUUCCCGGCCAAUCAACUGA